CCAGAUUUCCCACCAACCAUAGCGAGCCAGUAAACAAGCAGUUGGCGGGAAAUGCGAUGCUGGAGGCGAGGGCUCUGUUGACUGUGAUGCCCGGGCAGUAAGAAAGACAGACUGCAGCGACAUGGCCAGGUCACAGAACUCUGACGGGAGACCGCAGUUCCACUUACGCAGGAUCAGCCAUCGCACACUUUCUACUGCAGCGAACAAUGUCUGCUUCAGCGACAGAAUCACGUUCAUCGGGCGCGGGGACAAUGUGCACUACCUGGUCAGCUCCGCGGCGUGGCAGCAGCGAAUCUUCCUGUCGCGCCGCCACUGUCGCCUGGUCCGAUCGCAGGCAGACGACUCACACAGGCUCAUCGACUCCAGCAUGACGGGGGUGUACGUCAACGAUGUCAAGAUUGCUGGAUCUUGUGUGUUAGAGGAGGGAGAUGUGGUGACCUUUGGCCACCCCAAGGGUGAUACCAUUCAGGCGGGGACCAGGGUGAGACAACCGGACUCAGAGCACCAGUUUGUGUUUGAAGCUUGCAGUUGCACAGCUGAAAACCAUCAACAGAAUGUGGUCCAAGCAGGGAGCCAGAAAAGAAACAAGCAGCUUGUGGGAGCUGCACCCACAACUCCAGAAAUGCUUGGAACAUUCAGAGUACCCAAGACUGUCCCUAAAAAGAAGGCAAACUCUCCAGCCAUACUCACACGUGGCUGUACUACUCAGAGAGGGGCCGCUCCGCUAGGUACCUACCAUACCACACCUCCCAGCUCAAGACGCAGACCGCAAACCCGAAGUCAAGGUCGGGCCGUAGGUUCAAGGACAUCAACACGACCUUACACCACCCAGAAGGAUGCGGGCGUCCAAUCAAAUGACUCGUCUUUGGAAUCAGACACGGAAACAGAAUCGACCAAUGAAAGAAGCCUGGCAAAGGAAAAACCGUCAGGAAAAGACAAACGUAAAUACAAACAGGCCAGCCGCGGUCAAAGUGCCAAGCAAACCGUCCAUGCACAACCCCCUGCUAUACCUACAGAGUCUCCGAGUUGUAAGAAACCAGGCCAAAAUGAAGGGAGCAAAAGUGUUGUAGUAGAGAGAACAGAGGAACACACAGAUGACUACCCACUGGACUUAACCCUGAAAUAUGGAGAAACCAGUUACGAUAAGGAAGCUGAUCAGGAAGAAGUGAGCCAAACUGGAUGUGAGAGCCAAGUCCUAACCCCUGGAGAGAAGUUCAUCUCAACAGAAAACACAGAUAACAGCAGUAAAGCAGCCGAAAAGCCAGACCAGGGCAGGCAAGAACCUUCUAAUAUUGAUGUACAGAAGGAAGGAAUGCAACAGUUUGCACAGUUUCACAAUGGAGGGUACGUGAGAGAGAAGCAAGAUGAAAGAGAUACAGGCUCAAUUGCCCAGCAAGAUCAGGUAGUCAGAGAUAGUGCCAAAGAAGUAGUAGAGACAGAGCCUACAGUAGAGACAAAAGUAGGAGGAGAUGUCAAGGAGGAUAGGUGUUCACCAGUACCUGUAGUAAUAUCAUCAAAAGAUGGGGUUGAAGACUCUUUGGGACACUCUGUGCAGUCAACGGAAGAUAGCCAUCCUGAUCAAAGUGUGCUUUUGACACAGAGCGAAGAGCAAACUCAAAAUGUUCAAGGUUUGGUAGUUAACGAGACUGUGCCACCUCCCAAGAUUGUGGAAGGUCCUGUUCGUGUGCCUGAGCAGGAGUUGGAUGAGAGUACGACUUUUCAGGCCCUUUCAGACAACGAUUGUGAAGAAGAAGUGCAGAAGACAGCCAGUGGAUUUCUUGAUCCACACGUGAAGCCCGUAGGCAUAACAGGUGAUGUGUCAGAUCACUGUUAUUCUAGGAAGAAAGAGAACGCUGAUGUCCUUACAGACGAACAAGAGAUGAAAGAGACUUCUCCUGACAAGUCAACUGUUUUCCCUCACAUAGCUGCUACAGUCAAAUCGCCAAAGCCAUUGGAGGAUAGCAGCAAACAGGCUGAAGAUGAUGUAUCAGUUGAGGAAGAUCACAGUCUUGAGAAGAAAGAGAUAGCUGAUGUCUCUACAGAUGAGCAAGAGAUAAAAUAUCACUUUGCAGACAAACAUACAGGUGUAGACACUACAGCCAUGUCUCCUCAGCAAGUGGAGGCUAACAGCACACAGGCAAAAGACAAUGGAUUGUUUAAGGAAGAUGACAGUCUUGAGAAGAAAGAGAUAGCCGCAGAUGAUGUCCUCACGGAUGAGCAAGAAAUAACGGACUCCUUACCAGACAAAACCUGUGGUGUACACACUACAGCCACAUCUCCUCAGCCAGUUGAAGACAGCAGCAAACAGACUGAAGAGAAUUUGUCAGCUGAGGAAGAUCAGAGUCUUGAGAAGAAAGAAAUAACUGAUGUCUUAACAGAUGAGCAAGAGAUAAAAGAUCACUACAAAAACAAAAGUACAGAUGUAGACACUACAGCCAUGUCUCCUCAACCAAAAGAGGAUAGCAGCAAACAGGCUGAAGAGAAUUUGUCAGUUGAUAAAGAUCUGAGUCUUGAGAAGGAAGAGAUAACUGAUGUGUUCACAGAUGAGCAGGAGAUAAAAGAUCACUUUGAAAACAAAAAUGAUGUAGACUCUACAGCCAUGUUUCCUCAACCAGAAGAGGAUAGCAGCAAACAGGCUGAAGAUAAUGUGUCAGUUGAGGAAGAUCAGAGUCUUGAGAAGAAAGAGAUAACUGAUGUCUCUACAGAUGAUCAAGAGAUAGAGGAUCCCUUAGCAGACAGAACCAGUGGUGUACACACUACAGCCAUGUCUCCUCAGCCAGUUGAAGACAGCAACUUACAGGUGGAAGAUAAUGUGUCAGUUGAGAAAGAUCACAGUGUUGAGAAGGAAGAGAUAACUGAUGUCUCUACAGAUGAGCAAGAGAUAAAAGAUCACUUUGAAAACGAAAAUACAGAUGUAGAUGCUACAGCCAUGUCUCCUCAGCCAGUUGAAGACAGCAGCUUACAGGUGGAAGAUAAUAUGUCAGUAACUGUUGAGAAAGAUCACAGUGUCAAGAAAGAAGAGAUAGCAGAGGUCAUUGCAGAUGAGCAAGAGGUAGAGGCAGACAAACAGACAAAUGAAGACACUACUGCCAUGUCUCCUCAGCCAGUUGAAGACAGCAGCUUACAGGUGGAAGAUACUAGUAAUGUGUCAGUAACUGUUGAGAAAGAUCACAGUUUUGAGAAGGAAGAGAUAGCUGAUGUUAUAGUAGAUGACCAAGAGAUAGAGGAUCCCUUUGCAGACAAAAAUACAGAUGUAGACACUACAGCCAUGUCUCCCCAGCUAGUGGAGGAUAGCAGCAAACAGGCUGAAGGUAAUGUGUCAGUUGAGGAAGAUCACAGUAUUGAGAAGAAAGACAUAACUGAUGACACAUCAAAUGAGCAAAAGAUAGAGGGUCCUUUUGCAGACAAUACACGAGAUUGGUCUCCAAGUAACCAAUCUUGUGAAAUGGAGGAAAAAGAAAUUGAUGUCAAGACAGACGACUUCACCGAGCAAGAACAGAGCAUAAACAUGACAGCAAGUCAGUCAGAAGAUGAGACAUUGCCAGAAGGGGAGAAGAAAGACACUAAUCCAACAUCGACAGAGACCACUUUCUUGGAGGAGGAAUACUUUAAAAGCCAUGUUAAGGUAUCGGAGCUUGUGCAAUCACCACCAGAGAAAUCCGACACAAUAUGUAAGAAAUCAGCCGUACAUGUAGAUGACACAGCAGCACUGGUGUCAGAAGAUGUGCCAGUGACUGAUGGAAUGGAUAAGGAAGAGGAUGAUGAAGAGGUUAUCUUGUCACAUGCUUCUCAAGACAGCAUCACUAGUCCUUAUCCUAGAAGAGGGGAAGAUAGCCUCCAAGUGGUGGAUAAAUGUGAUCCUCCUGUCUUCAUUGAACCUGCUUGUGUUAUAGAUGAGGAGGAUCCAAGCAUUUCACCUCCCAGCCCCAAAAUGAAAGAUGACGAUGGGACCACUAUGGAUGACAGUACUGCUUGGGUCUUACAGGAAUUUGAGAAUCUGGAGUAUUCACCAGAAAUUCCACCCGUUAGCAAUGCUAAAGGUGCAUCUCAAGAUUUGUCACAGAUGUCAUUCACCCCAAGUGUUCCUACCGCGGAAAAUGAGACAGAGAAAGAGAUGAUACCGUCAAGCCAAGGCUCGGACAGGCAAUCUGGCAGUAGUGGGUCAUCUGACAGCUAUAUGGGAAUGCUGAGACUGAGCCCAAGUGGAAAGAGUGGCGAUAACGCCACGCAAAGCGACGUAGAAAGCGAGGAAGGAGAGACACCGCUGAGUCAGAACUCAACUGGUAGCGACUUUGGUUUGUCUGGAGUUGUACCCUUCCUAGCCUCCCCAACUGGCAGUCAGGAAGACAGCUUGGAUGCUCUACAGAAAGAAGCCUUUGCAGAGAUAGAAGCAAAUGAAGACAGCGAAACCUUGCCCACAAGCCAUCCAACGCAAAACAAAGGAGAAGCUACUUUAACUAGUGUUGACAAUGUCACUACAGACUUCAAGAAGUCAGUGACCUGGGAAGUAAAAGACACUGGUUUAGACACAGGUACUAAAGAAAAUGCUGACCUGCACAGGGUUCAUUUGGAAGAGAAGUUUGAAGACGAAAACUCAAGGUUCAUGGUCUCAGACUCCAUCGACUACAGAGCUGAAUACGACAACUAUUCGGAUCUGGAAAGUUCUGACGAAGAGGAGCCGGAAAGCGUAGGAGAGGUAGGCCUAGGGUUACAUCUGUCUGAUAGUGAAGGAGAGAGUGAAGAGAGGAGACACAGUAGCCAGUCUGGUUCAUGUCACAAGGGACAUUCCAGCCAUGCUCAAGUUAAAGAGCAAAGCAAAAGUGUUGGUGGUACUCUUGAAGAAAGCAAUAAAGAAAAGUCGAAGGAAAAUGAAUUGUCAGAUUCUUCUCGUAUUGAAGAUAUACUCUCUAACAACUUCCAAGGGACAAGUACCCAACUUGCAAAGCCUGAAGAAGAUAAAAAAGAAGUCCUUUCACUGGAAGAGAUAUCUGCAAAUGAUGCAAGUUUGUCAAAAGUUUUGCCGAGUCAAGAGAGCGAAACUGGAAAGCUUCCCUACAUCUGUGAAGAAAAAGAUGACGAUGCAAAGGAAAUGGAAACAGAGAAAACUUUGCAAGUGGUGCCAUUGCCAGAUGUGGAGAGGAAAGUUGCCGAUCAAACCGUAGCAGAGUCAGCCCUCUCUGAAAUGAAGCCCGGAAAGCUUCACAACAUCAGCAAAGAAGAAGAUACUGCAAAGGAAACAGAAACAGAGGAGCUGCAAAUGAUGACAUUGCCAGAUGUGGAGAGGAAAGUUGCCGAUCAAACUUUGUCAGAGUCUACUCUCUCAGAAAUGAAGCCCGGAAAUCUUCACAACUUAAGCAACAAAGAAGAUACUGCCAAGAAAACGGAAACUGAGGAGCUGCAAAUGGUGACAUCGCCAGAGAGGAAAGACACUGAUCCAACUUCGACAGACUCCACCUUUUCAGAAAUAAAGCCUGGAAAGUUUCACAACUCCAGUGAAGAAGUUGUUGCUGCCAAGGAAAUGGAAGCAGAGCAGGUGCCACUAAGAGAAAAUUCAGAAACUUCCACAGAGAUUAAGAGUUCACAAGAGCAAGAUAAGACAAUUGGCAGUGAACAUGAUGUUUCAAAUCCAUGUAUCAGUCAGGCAGAGGCUAUGGAUCCCCCACACAGAGAGUCUGAGCCAAAGAGGCAGCUCAACAUGGAAUCUGAGGAUGAAAGUGUCACCGAGAAACAGUCACGUGAAGAUCAUGUCAAGAUCCACAGUCAGACUGAAGAGGAAGGUGCUGUAGUAGUUGAUCAGCUCACCUGUAAAGCUAGUGAAGUUCUGUCAACUGCUAAAAGGCCACACGAUGAGAUUGAUGCAGUUCUGCCUCAAAGCAAGAGAUUGCAUCUGGAGGUACAGCUUGAAGAGACAGAUAAUGCUGAAGGGUUGACAUCUGAAGAGUGUGAAAACAUCACAGAAAAUCCACCAUGUGGCACAGAAGACUUCUUUGACGCACACUGUGAAGUGACUAAAAAUGCAGACAUAGCAGCAGACUUUCAGCAAAAGUGUGUACCAGUUGUCUCGGCAAAAAGCAGAGCUGACUAUGUUAGGGAUGUGGUGUCAGAGUUCUUCGCCCACCGUUUCUUCGUCAACAAGAUGUCCUCAAAGUUGGACAAGAUAGCGGACGAGGCUAGAAAGCAGAAGGUAGCAGAGGAGGUGAAAGCAUUCUUCGCAAGUCCUUCUUUGAAGGAGCAGCCCACAAGCAGUUCUAAAGAUGGCUGUGAAAAUGUAUCUGACCACUCAAGUGCCAAAAAUGGAAGGGAAGGUCUUACUUGUAAUGAAAUUCCAAGGCCACAGGUAGAGAAGAGGAAAGCUAUUGAACAGGCUGUGCAUGAAUUCUUCAAGAAGAAGAACUCUGCAGCAAAUAAGCCAGAAGACACUGUAUCCAACGAGACAGAAAAUAAACUGUCAAACAAAAGGCACAGCAAUGAAGAACGUAUGCUAGAAUGUGCACCAGAGGCAAAGAGACCAAGGCUUCAGGAGGUAUCAGAGCAGCUUGAUGAUGUAAGCAGUAAGAAUACACCAGAAGUAAAGAGACAGGUACUUCCAGAGGUGUCAUCACCACAUCCUGAUUAUUGUAGGAAUACUACGGAAGAAGUAGACAAUAGCCAGGUCAACACCUCUCUGCCAGAAAACCAAGAGUCUAAGACCUUUGCUAACAUUCACAAAGAUAACAAGACCAACCAAGAUGAACAAAAUACAACACCUGAACAUGAUGAACUGGAAAACAACAACAAAGAAGUCGGUAUUCCAGAUAACAGAGGUCUUGAAACUUACAAUGCAAACGACAAAGAUGGCAAAGAAACAGAGAUGAGUGUAGCUGUGGGGAAGGAUAACAAUGACAAAGGUGGACAUGAAGGUGAGAUCUCUACUGAAGAGAUGGACACACAAUCAGGACAAGAUACUGAUAACAGAGAACUGGUAGAUGCACAAGAUGUGGAGUUGUGUUCCUCUACAGAAAGUGAUUCAAAGGCUUCAGACCUCGUCAAAGUUGCCUCUGAGAAUGAGAAAAGCAAGUGCAUGCCCUCAGCAUCACUUUCAGCUGAAGACAAAGUUGAGACAUUGGAAGAAACGAUUAAGGACAUUGAGGAAGACGUGGUUGCUACCAAGACUCAAGAUGACCUCUCGGGAAUGGUCACCAAACCCAGUUGUCAAGUCAUGGACACUGUAACCAGCAAGGCCUGUGAGGAAACAAUGCCCGAUACUACUACAUGUAGGACCCUUUCUCCCAAUGAGAUUAAAGUUGUGCAGUGUCAGGAUUUGACAAAAGUACCAAGCAAGGUAGACAAGGAAGGGAUUCAGUCAGAUCUAACUGUGAUUGAAGAAACAAGCCAUGAAAAACCAUGUAGCACCUCACCAUUAGACGACUGCACAUCUUCCAGUUGCAGUAAAGAACCAAGUCAAACGUCUCAAGAAAGUGCAGUACCAGAAGUGUGCAAUGAAGAAGAAGUGCAAGAAGACUCCGAUACCGACGCAAACUCUGACUCCUCAUGUCUUCCCUCGCUGGACGGUUAUGCCGAUGACGCACAGUCAGAUAGGGAUUCAGACAACUCAGAAAAUGACAGGUUUCUAUCCUCAAACUCUAUGGAGUAUGGAGCAGAGUUUGACAGUGAUGAAAAUUCGAAUGCUAGUGAUGAAGAUGAUAAGGAAGAGGACAGCAGUGAUGAGGAAGACACAAGUGAAGAUGAUGACAAUGAUGAUAAUGGCAACUCUAGCGACCAAGAAUCUCUAACAGGCACUACUGCAGAAAAGACUAACGUUCUAUCAAAAGAUUGUCCUGAUACAGAACAGGAUUCUACUGUUGAGUCACCCAAGGCUUCAAUAGCUGAUAAACUAGGAGACACUAACGAAGAUGUUACCAAGGAGACAGAUAAACAAAGUAACGAGAUGUCCCUACAGGGUCUGAGUUGUGACUUCGAUGAUGAUGAUGAGUUCAGUGCACCGAACAUCAACAUUGAUGACAUUGAUUUUGACGAUGAGAAUUUUGAUGACGAGAGUCCAUCCAUGCACACCAGCUCCGAUCAGCCUUCUCUUGUAACUAACUUCAGUUCAGGAAAAGACGUCUCAGUGAAAGAAAACAACAAUAAGUCAGAAAUGGCAGAACCUGAGAAAAGUAAGAAGGUCACCACAAAUGUUGCACCAAAUGAAGACAACCUUGGACUUGGAGCAAGCCGAGAAAGUGCAGAAAGCACAACAACAACAACAAAAACAACUCCAGCCAUUGAGUCAACAAACCUAUCAUCAGAGAAGGAGACAACAGACAAAACUCCGAGCAUAGGAAAAGUUAAAGAAAACCCAGCAACACAGAUGACUGAAGAAACACCAGGAGUGCUGCCAACAAAUGUGGGAAGGACAAGACGCCGACUAGUAAAUACCCCAGGAAAGGUGACCACAGACAAUGCCCCUAAGUACAUGGAGCAGUGUCAGACCAUCCUGGCCAGUCUUCAGCAGACCUUGGACAAGGAGCCCAGCUUAAAGGACAUAUCCAGGGUGCAGGCAUGGAAGAAGGAUGCUGCUAAGCUUGGUGAGAAGAUGUUCCUGCCUGAGACCAUCAUCGCAGUGGUGGGUGACACCGGCGCAGGGAAGAGCAGCCUGAUGAACGCCCUGCUGGACCACGCCUCUGUCCUCCCCACCUCGGGCAUGCGCGCCUGCACGGCUGUGGUGGUGGAAGUCUCCAACAAUGACAGGAACAAGAACUACGAGGCUGAUGUCGAGUUUCUGUCCAGGAAGGAAUGGGACGAUGAGCUACGCCUGCUGCUGACAGAUCUGAUAGGAGAAGACGGUAAGGCCAAGAGGAAGCCUGACCCCCAGUCUGAGGCUGGUAUAGCCUGGAGUAAAAUCAAGGCCGUGUACGGUAGAGUGGAGUCAUACGACGUUCUCUCCAGGCUGCCUCAUGUACGACAUCUACUGGGGACCACCAAACACAUCUCAAAGUCAAGGGCCCGAGAGUUCCGAAGUGAGAUUGACAAGUAUGUGGACUCAAUGGACGCCCCUCCCGCCAGAGGGCCGGGGUCACGGGACAGGUCAGGUGGUCAGCUCUGGCCAAUCGUGAAGAGGGUGAAAGUUCAGAUCCCCAACUGUGACGUGUGUAGCAGUGGUGCCAUCCUAGUGGACUUACCUGGGGUUAGGGACUCCAACGCUGCCAGGGAUAACAUAGCCAAACAGUACUUUAAAAACUGCAAUGCCAUCUGGAUAGUUGCGAGUAUCCACAGAGCGGUAGAUGACAAGACGGCCAAAGAGCUGCUGGGUGAGGGUUUCCGCAGACAGCUGCUGAUGGACGGACAGUACGGCAGUAUCGCCUUCAUCUGUACCAAGACUGACGACCUCAGGUGUUCAGAAAUCAUCAGAGCCCUGAAUCUAGAAGAAGAAGUGGAGCAGCUAGAAAAUGAAAUCAACGCCCUGGAGAUGGAAAAGAUGUCCUUAACAGAGGAGCUCGAGUCACUGAGGGAGGAGGAAGAGGAGAAGGAGGAUGAGCUGUCAGCCAUCCAACAGGAGGUCAACGACCUGAAGGAGGAAGUCUUUGAACUGGAGCAGAUUGUGGAACCUGUUGAUAUAAACCCUGAUGAGGAAGUGAUCAUUGAUGAUGAUGACAGGGAGAAGUUAACCAGUCUGAGGACCACCUUGGAGGAGAAAAAGAACACAGAGCAGGACAAGAAAACAGACCUGAAGGAAACAAGAUUACACAUAGCUCACAAAGAGAAAGAGAUUACUGGAGUUGAUCGUCAGGUAUCCAGCAAACAGAGACAGAUGUCAGUGAUGUGUGCCAAGGCCCGUAACCAGUACUCCCAAACUCAGAUCAGGGCAGACUUCAAGGCUGGCAUCAGGGAGAUGAAGAGGAAAGCAGGACUGAUGGGAGAAGAUGCUGACAGUGAUGAUGAUGAGGAGGAGGAGCAGGUAGAGGACCAGGAUGAGGAGGACAUCGCCCGAGGACUGCGCGUCUUCACCGUUAGCUCCACCGAGUACCUCAAACUCACUAACAAACUCACAAGGGACGGACCAGCCCAGGUCUUCAGUAGCGUCCAUGACACCCAGAUCCCAGCUCUCCGCGAGUUUGUUCACGAGAUGACCAACGUUCGCCGACAGAGCGGUACGGAAAAACUCAUCCGCAGUCUGGGCAGCUUUGUCAGUGACAUCGCCAGCUAUCUCUUGGACGAAGGAACCAAGAACCACGGGACCCGUAUGUCGGCAAAGACCAUUUUUGAGCACCACCUGGGUGAACUGAAGACGUCCCUCCAGCCCGUCCUUGGGACCCUACAGACGGACGUGGACCGGUCCAUCAGCAUCUGUAUCCACCCCAAGCUGAAGGAGGGGGUGCAGGCUGCAGCCAGCAUGUGCCAGGCCAUGGCCAAGAAAUGGGGCGCUCCUACCUGUAAGGAGAACAGACAAGCAGGGGGCCUACACUACAGCACCUACAAGGCCACAGUACGCCGCAGCGGGGUCUACAAGUCCCCCACCUACGGACCCAUCGACAUGAACGAGGAUCUGUCUAGCCCUCUCUACAACACCAUCACCAUAUCAUGGCAGAAAGUCUUUGACAAUGGUACCCUGUUCUUUUCGCUGGACAACUGUAAGCAGAGUGUACUGAGGACCCUGAAAGAGUUCCUGCUGAAGCUGCGGACAGAGCUCCAGGCUCUGGGCAUGGACGCAGACAGGGUCAACAGAGUGGGGCAACAACAGCUCAACUCCACCAAGAUGAGGUUGGACAAUGCGGUGGCUGAGCUGAAGGAGUUCAUCACAGGUCAGCAGAGAGAGAUCAGCAGGGUCAUGACCCCGGCUGUACAGAACCGGAUGGAGCCGGUUUAUGAGACGUGCACCAACGAGGCCGGGCCGGGCAGUUUCAACCGGAUGAGGAACCACAUGGACGUCUAUGUGGCGUACGAGAAGGACAUCAUGUUUGACCAGGCCUCACAGAUCCUUCUCAAACAGCUGGCUGACUUAGAGGUUGACAUAGUGGCGAGGAUGCAGGUCCUGUGUGACCAGCUGUGUGAGGACCUUGCAGUGCUGUAUGAGCCGUUCUGGGAAGCUCCUGUUCACUGUACCAUACUCAAGAAACACCUCAUGGAUGACAUGCUAUCCAUCCAUGGCAAGGUAAAGUCCCUAUUUGAAGAUGCAGAGCUGAAGGACCUCCCACCUCUGCCUGAACCAGCACCACAGACUCCUGCUGUCAACCAGUUAGCAGCUCAUACAAGCUACUCCUUUAUGAACAGACCAGGUUCCUCCAACAUGUCCACUGGAACUACACCUACCGGCAUCAACCCAGUCUCUGUGGUAACACCCACCUAUCCAUUGACCUUGAGGAUAAAACAAGAGUUGAUGCACAGCUGUGGUGCCGCUACACCUCCAACCCAAAACUUCCAUUAUGGUGGCAUCAGGCCUCUACCUGCUGGUACAAUGACUGCACCUGCUAGUGCUAUAGCUGGUAUGAGAUCAGGACCAUCUGCCAGUCGUUUUGGUACACCUGUGCCAGGCUAUAUCCAGUCACAUCAGGCUUCUGCGAACACAUACGUCACCCAGCCUCGCAUCAAGAGAGAGGAAAACCAGCAUGUUGGAUGUGCAGGAGCUUCUACACCGUUACUCAACCCUACAGCAGUUAGCCAGUUCAGGAAGAGAACCCUACAGGGCAUGACUGGCCCUGACCACGGCACAGGUGCAACAGAACAGAAACAGCCAGCAAACAGGUGCAGCUGUAAGUCCGUUCUUGCACAGAGCGGCAACACCUGAACCAGUCGUCAAAGUUUGUCAACAAGAACCAAAGCAGGGAAGCAGCUUUCUGCAAAUGCUACCCAUAGAGGCUCUGUCUCAGCAAAGGCAUCAACGUAUUCUGCCAGCAAGUCUGUUACAAGCCAAGGCUUGUCAAGUGCCAAAGCCAAAGGUGCAUCAUCCAAGACCCCAGGGAAAGGAGGCAAAGGGAAGGGUGCCCGAGGGAGCCAAGCUUCAGUGCCUGUUGCAAGACAGCAGGGUUGGCCAGCAGUGAAACAGGAGCCCAGGUCUCCUCUGAGAGAAAAUCAAAGAAGGAACAAGAGGAAAUUUCAGCCUGAUGAGAUUAUUGACCUCACUCUGGAUGACUAGGGGGUCAUUGUGCAGUACCAGCUUGGAGAGGUAGGUGGCCUCCAUCCCUGGAAAACUGAAGACAAGUCCAUGUACAUGUUGUACUCUUCAAAGGUGAAGUCUAGAAUCGAGACCUAGGGACACUAAACACUGAGACUACAGGUACAAUUAUUAUGCACUUUGGUUGACUAGUAGUCAUUGUGCAGUACCGGCUUGGAGAGGUAGGUGGCCUCCAGGAGUCCUUCCCCAGAAAACUGAAAACAACUCCAUGUACACAUACUAUUCAAACAAGAAAUGUAGAAUCCAGACCUAGGGACACUAAACACUGUGACUACAGAUACAAUUAUUAUGUAUUCAUACAUGUACUUCACCACUCAGAAGUUUAUGACUUAGACCUCAGUCUAAUAAGAAAAUUGUUGCCACAAAAGUGCGAAACAUUGGUUAAAAACUAGGUGUUAGAUGAAUUGAAGCUGUCCUUUGACAGAACAACUUGCACAUCUGAAGGCUGUAGAUGAAAUGUUAGAUUGUUCAUAUCUAGAAAAACAAUCAUGGUGCUAACUUGUUACUUUCAACAUCAAAUGAAGUAAAGUUUUUUCACUGCUUGUUAAUGUUGCAAAAGCAAUAAAAAGGAAAGAUAACAAUGUGGAAAGGAAGAAGCAAAGACUUUAUAUGUCUACAACUAGAUUUCAUUGACUU